UUGAAUUAGGGAUUUGGGAAAUUAUUGGCUUUUCCCUGCGCUGCGGGGUGAGAUAGCGGAAACUGCUGCUUAUACUAGAGACAGGCCCAAGGGAAUGUUGAAUAAUUUUUUGAGGUGUUCGAGAUCCAAAAGAGGGCGAGGACCGAGGCCAAAAGCGAAACUAGCCCAAAUGCGAACGAGUGCCAAAGGUUCGAAACGAAAUCAUACAAAAGCGGGCGAGUUGCGAAGGGCUCAAAGCGAAACCAAACACAUGUUAAUGAAUGCCGAAGUCCCGAAGCGAAAUCUAAUUAAAAGCGGGCGAGGGCAGACGACCUUUAUUGGCCUUCUAAAAAUUUUAAAUCGCUAA